ACCGGAGAUUCGGCGGCGACGAAACGGUACUCAUUGCGCCGCCGCAACUAACUAGCUUUCCUAUUCCUUGUAUCUGAUUUUGAUAAUGGCGAAAACUAAGCAACAGAAAUCUAAGCCUAAGAAACAACCGCAUCAGGUGAAGAAGAAGCAAGGCAAGGAUUGUGAUCUCUCUCAAUUUCGUGCUCAGCUUGACGCUUUAGGGCUUAAGAUUAUCCAAGUGACUUCAGACGGUAAUUGUUUCUUCAGAGCAAUUGCUGAUCAAUUGGAAGGCAAUGAGGAAGAACACAACAAGUACCGUAACAUGAUUGUACAAUAUAUAGUGAAAAAUCGUGAAAUGUUCGAGCCUUUUAUCGAAGAUGAUGUUCCGUUUGAGGAUUACUGUAAAACCAUGGAUGAUGAUGGAACUUGGGCUGGGAAUAUGGAAUUACAGGCAGCUUCUCUUGUCACACGUAGUAAUAUAUGUAUUCACAGGAACAUGUCACCCCGUUGGUAUAUUCGCAAUUUUGAAGAUACACGAACCCGCAUGAUCCAUCUGUCUUAUCACGAUGGGGAACACUACAACAGUGUGCGUUCGAAGGAAGAUGCUUGUGGAGGACCAGCCAGGCCUGUUGUAAUAGAGGCUGAUGCUAAAGUUUCAGCAGCAUCUAAACAAGCCAAAGCCACAGAGAGCAAGUCGAAAAACAAAGCUGAUAAGUGUAAUGUGGAUGCUGGGGCUAUCAAAGUAGUCAUGUCUGGUAGUUGUUGUGACAAUGCUGAGAAAGCUGAACAGGUUUUAGUACAAGUAAACGGUGAUGUAGAUGCUGCGAUAGAAUUCCUGAUAGCAGAGCAAGGAAUGGAUUUUUUGACUGAAAAUGAUUCAGAAAUCGCUUCCGCAGCAGAUAGCACAAUUCCAAUGGAAGCAAGUGAUAGUUCAGUGGAAAGCACCGAGCAAUCCAAAGAAGAAUUGAAUGAGAAGGAAUCAGCUAGCUGCACUAACAUUGAAACAGUCCAUGCCAAGUGCAGAUCACAGACCGAUGAUAAGAAGAUCCCGAGGAAUAAAACAUGUCCAUGUGGUUCAAAGAAGAAAUACAAGUCUUGCUGUGGAACAGCAACUGGGAGAUCCUCUGUAAAAUUGGAGCCAAACAACGGAGUCGAAGAAGGGGAGAAAGAAUUUGAGGAGAGGAACAUCGAAUGAAGUUGAAGCAAAUGUACCAGAUGUUGGUGCUCUCUGUAUAUAAUUAAGUCUCACUCACUCAAGGUGAUCACAUUUUCACUUAACUCAUUCAAACCAAAUUCUUUUGUCUGUUAAGCCAAAACAUUGGUUACUAAAUCCGUUUGGUUUCUCUCUAUUUCAGGUGAUCUUUUUAAGGAUUCACUGCAAAUUUUUCACAUAACAGAUUCCUCAGGUAUGUGAUUAGUAUGAAUUCCGAGUUAGGAUCACUCGGGAAUAUACCUUUUUUGUUGUC